AUGCCUCGAUCCCGCUCCUCCGUCUCUCCAUUCUGUACUGUCGCAGGAUGCGACCAGCUGGCGACCGGCGUCACCAGCUGUGGACGGACACUGUGCGAGGCGCACGCCAUCCCCAAGUAUCAUCCGUGCUUGCUCCUGCCAUCUGACCGACGCAAAGGACGGUCAUGCAAGGACAAUCACCCCUUCUUCGGCCUCAUCGCCCAGAUAGUCGAUGCGCCGAUUGUUGCGGACGCACUCGCGCUGCGUCCAGAAGCCACGUCUGCGACACUUGAACUCCCUAACAUUGUUGAGCCCAUGAAGGAGUACCGCGGACACAUCAAGUGGAUGGGGUACCGCAACCUUGCGCUCACCGUCACGUUCAAUGAUGGGGUGCGAUGGCUCGCCCGGGUCCGUCUCAACGAUAUCUACACGCCGGCUGUGCGGAGAAGUAUCAUGCUCAGCGAGUAUGCGACGCUUAUGGCGCUGCAUGAGAUUCUUGGCAAGCUGGCUCCACGUGUCUGGCUUGCGCCCCAAGAUCCUGGCUUCGAGUUCACGUACAUGUUCAUGGAGUUUGUCGAGGGCAAGUCGCUGCACUCAUUCUUCGACGCCCAGGCUAUCCACGAGAUGCAGCCACCUGUAAAGGCCGCUGUCAGUGACUAUGCCGACAUUAUGAUCAAGCUCGCAACGCGCUCGUUUACUGGCGUCGGCUCACUCUACCCUGCAAAGCCGUCAGGUUACACCGUUGGCCCUGCGCUGUCCGACAUUCGUGGAAGCGUACCGACGAUUGGUCCGUUCCGCACAAGCCAGGAACUGCACCUCGCCCGCAUCGACCACUACCUCAACAUGGUGCAGGUGACGCCACUGCGCCCACCAGAGCUCGCCGGUAACCCGGUGCGCAUCCUCCGCUACCUUGUCGCACUGGAACUGCGCGAUCUCGUCCGUGGGUGCUCCGAGAUGGCACGCGAAGGUGCCACUUACAUAAAGCACACGGACGAUGCUGCACACAACAUGCUUGGCGUAGACGGGCGGAUCAACGCGAUUAUCGACUGGGAGAUGGCUCUCAUUGUGCCGUUCGCAGAGGCAUUCAGUGCUCCGCUCGCGUUCUUGCCGCUCGACGAAACGACUCUCGAGUCGAACGGCCUCACCAGGGCUGAAGAGGCUCUCAUUUCGGAACUCGAGGAGCGCGGACGACCGGACAUUGCCAAUGCAGUCCGCGGGGGACGCAAGUAUCACUGCUUGUUGCGACUUGUCGACGGCCCAGCCAUCCCAGGUGCUACCGGCGGCAUAACCCUCGGCUCCAUCUGGGGCACACGUCUGGCGUUCCAAGGCCUCGAGGCAGGCGAGAAACCUGCAUCGCUCGACGACUGGUACGCAGACGCCUUGACGCAGUACGCAAACGAACCGGGCCUCGAGGCCACAAUCCACGGUCUCGUGGACUGGACGACUCUAAACGCCGACCUGACAACGGCAGCGUGCGACGAGGUUGAGGACCACCUGUUGACACUCCGCGAGCUGAUAGAAUCGGCAACACCGCAGUCCCCUAACGUGAUUGCAAUCGAGCGAGAGAUCCGCGGCAUCGUCAAGGCCGUCAAGCAGGCCAAGCGGGCAGCGAACGCGGCGUCGCGCUUCGCGGCCGAUUGCCGCUCUGCAGUGGGUCCUGCGCAGAAGGCGGGCGCCAAGAUGCAUGCGUCGCAGGAUCACGGGUUCCGUAAGAUUGUACAGUCGUUCGGGAACAUGCUCCACCCUCGCAAGAAGGACAAGAAGGAGGGCAGCAGGGAGUUGUGGCGCGUGCGCUCCACCUCACCGAGCCGCGUGUACAGCCCGUCGGCAUCUGCCCCCAGCUCACGCCGUGGGUCCGCCGAUGUCACCGCGGCCCUCAUGUACUCGAGUAACAGCGGGAGCAGCUCUCGCCGCGGCUCAGUUCCAGACGCGUUUCGCAAGGUCUCAAGUCGUACACUCGAUGACAUUGCGUACCGCCUCGAGGCAGCUGCGGACCUGGCCGACAAAGCUGUGCAUGACGCGGAAGCCUUGUCCAACAAGGGGAUGGAAGCUGUGGCGGACGCCAGAGUCAAGGUUCCAACCAAAGACGGGCUUCUUGCGACUGAGUGGGAUGCUGGGUAUUCGUCGGCCCUCUCGGAUUAG